GCAGGGCCAUCACUGCCUGUCACAAUGCAAGCAAGACCAUCACUGCCUGUCACAAUGCAAGCAGGGCCAUCACUAAAAUUUGACUCCAAACCACUUCAAUUGAAAAUGAAAACAAAUGAAAAUCAGUCACUCCAAAUGGCAUUAACUCUGUUAUCCAAGAAAAGUCACAAGCAAAAUUAUCAAACCUCUGUUCCCUUGAAAAAACCAGUUCAGCAAGAUCUGAUUUGCAAAAAAUGUGUAUGCUGCUCUGAACUUUUAGCUGCUAAAAAGUUUUACAAAAUUUCACUGGAAAAAUCGAUAGAAGGAUGCAAACACAACUUCAAAGACUGCUGCUGCAAGAAAAUGUUUAAUGAGAUUAUGUUGAAAACACAUAAUGAGAAAGUCACUUGGUCUGAACCAAGAAAAGACUCUGAAGAUGCAAAUAUAUUGUCACAAUACAACUCCGAAAAGGACAGCAUGACAUAUUUCUGCAAGGUUUGUCUUCGUCAUGGUGUGUCUAGUAAAGGUCGUCAUAAAGUAGGAGAAUCUUGGAUCACUGGAAUGACCUUUGCUGACAUCACAAGCAAAAAUAAGGCUAUAAAAAGGCACCCACUAAGUCAGCAGCACAUUGAAGCUGUUAGACUUGGUAACUCUAAAGAUGAAUUACAAAUCAAGCGUGGACUUUCAACUGCUGAAGAACGAAACAAGGCAACAAAGAACACCAUGCUAGCUGGAAUAUUCAUGGCAAGUCAUGGUUUACCUCUGAGAUUUUAUACUGCCUUGUGUGCUUUCCUUGCUAUUAUCUGCCCAUCACGCUCAAGCCAUCCCUUAGGCAACCGACAUCAAUCGCAUGCAGGUAUUGCAAAUGUGCUGUCAGCAAAUUAUGAAGCUUGUGUCAUCACAUUAAAAAAAUACUUUUCAACUAAUUUUUCAGCAACCAAAAGUAAAAGAAGAUUCACAAUUUGCAGUGAUAGAAAAAUUGUUCCAAAUGAUGCCCCUAGACAAGCUGUUGUUGCAACCUAUGUAUCGGAAAGUGGACUGCCCAAGGAAGUAGUUUUAGGCAUGUCAAGGAUCAAGCAUGGAGAUGCUAUGUCAACCACUAACCAUCUUAAAGAAACCAUUGUAUCAUUUCUUGACCCCUCAUCAAUUGCAUUUAUUUGCAUGGAUGAAGCAGCUCUGUGCAAUGGAGAAACUAGUGGAUUGAUAGAACAACUGAAAUUCUCAGACGGAUUCCACAACUUGACCAGACUCCCUGAUUUCUGCAUCAAAAUGGAGUAUCUAUUGCAGAAGACAAUACCCCAAUGGGUGUCUGAUACUUUAGUAACUUGUAGAACUUUUGCAGCACUUGUAAAUGACCACAUCAUGGUGAAAAAUAUCAUUCACAAAAACGUCAUCUGUGGAUCAACAUUAACUGCAAUCCCAAACCUGUAUCAAACAAGUUUUGCUGAAUAUCUACAUCUUUACUUGGAUGCCAUCAUCAAGAACAUUCCAAUACUGAUUAAAUCCCUGCCAGAACUUAUGCAUUCAAAGAACUGCCUCAGUGAUGAAGCAAAAAGCAUAUUGAAAAUGCUUGUUAAUGAGACUUUUGUUGGCAGAAUGCUUCUGAUUCGUAGGCUGUACAAAGUCAUAUCUGAUAUGGAGAAGAAAGCUCAGGAUGCCUGCUUUGGUCCAUUUGAAUACAAGCACCUUGUUGACAGUUUGGUCCCAAAAUUGGAGGAGUUAAAAACACCUUCCAUCGAGUUCACAGAUUUUAUGAAAUAUGGCAACAUAGAGUCAAUAGCUCCAUACUUUAGAUUCUCUACCUAUAAUGAAAUGAAUUUGAAUGAAGUGGCACAAAAGCUUGCAUUGAAAACAAGAAAGGAACUUAAAAAGGCCAAAAAAGAAAUAACAAUCCUUUUGAUGGAAGAAAAUUUUGAAUGGAUUGACUUGAUUUGUAGAGAAGCUCAAAAUUGCUUAAAGAUCCCAAAACCCAUUGCCCUUGCCACACAAUUGUUUGUGAUUCAUAACAAGUCUGACUUGAUUGAGGAAAAAUCAACAGGUAUCAAACAACUCUUUGAUACAAUGAAUAUUGAAUUUGAGCAUUGUGGAAAACAGUGCAAAGGACUUCACCAGUGCACUUGUUUGCAAAAUGACUACAUCAACUUUAUAAAAGAAUUCCAAAGUGAAUGGCGGCCUGGCAAUGACAACAGACUUUAUAGGCAUGGAUGUACUAGAUCCCAUUCCUACACUGAUGCCUUUGCUCAUUAUAUUCAACAAAACAUUGCUGCAACUAAAUAUCCAUUGAAUAUUAUUCGGUGCCUUGAAAUUGUCCAACUCAUGAAGCCAACACAAGCAUCUACAAAAAAAGUAAUGUCUCAUGUGGCUGACUCUGUUAAAAAUAGAUUUGAAUUCAAAAACUUCUUUCAGUCAGAAUCAAGUAACAGUGACUUGGUUGAUAAUGUAGCCAAAGAAGUAUUUCUUAGAUGCAACACAAAUGUUGUACAGCAUGACACUGACUUGGCCAAAAAAAUUUUUUUGAGAAAACAUCAGGAAUCUCUUCAGAUAACUAAGAAGUCCAAUGAAUUAAGUAAGUCGGUUUUGUCUCACUUGAUCAAACUUGGAAGUGAUAAUAUGACAAACUUUCCUACAAAACGUCAUCUGGCAAGUGAACAGAGAUGUAGAGAUGGUAAGAGAAGAAAGAUGGAUCAUGGACUUUUGAAAAUUCCUGAAAACAAUGUAGAAUCUACCAUCAUCAUGGCAGCCUCGAUUCCUCCCCAAUCAUGUGAGCAGUCCCUUGCACCUGGAAAGACAGUUGUACCUACUGAAAUUCCAUCCCCUGCACCUUCAUCAUUACACCAAGCAGUCAACACUGGCACCACAUCCACUUAUAAGCAAUGCCAACAAAAUGAAAGCCAGGAGCCUCAAGUGCAAACCAUUCACUUGGAUUAUGAAAGCAAGACGUCAGAAGUUCUAAAACGUGUUGAAAUUUAUUGUAUUUGUGAAAAUGAAGAAAGAAAUCAAAGAAAUGCCCCAUCAGCCAUAUUUAUUGGAUGUGCUAAUACCCAAAAAUGUGUAUCCUACCUUGAACGAUUGAAUUCAAGGAAUGUUGAAGGAGGUGACUGGUUCCACAUGAAGUGUUUGAAAAUAGACAAAAUACCAAAGGGUCCCUGGUACUGUCAGAAGUGCAAUGAUAAGAAGGCAUCAAAUUUGAGACAAAACUUUACCAAGUUUAAUAUUAAAGAAUGCAGCAUUGUUCUUCAUCAAUGCCCUGAAGAUGCUGAUGGGAGUGUCUGGUGUGCUGAGCAGAGCCUCCCUCAAGUGUCUGCUGAAGAAGUGAAGUCUGAAGCUUUUGAAGCUGAUGCUCCACCUCCUGUCCCUAAUGUUUCUGUUGACAACAUCAAGGACAAGCUUGAGGAUGGAACUGUGGAUGUAGAGGUCAAGGAGGAACCCUUUUCCCGUGAUGAUAAGGUAUGUAGGCCUAUGAUGAUGAUAAGGUAUAUAAUAGGCUUAUCAAACCCUUGCUCGGUGGUUCGCCUCCUGUGGCGCAAAGGGGACUCAUCCGGGGUCAGCAUCUGGUGGCUCCUGGAGCGGCAAAGGAUCCACCAGGGGGCAGGGGGCAAUGUAGGAUCAAGCUGCCAGAGGAGAUGCCCAACAUCCUCUUGCUUACAACAGAGGAAGAUGGGCCUAGCAGCCCCGGACCCCUCUUUAUUAACUUUCAAGAGAUUUGGUGAGGCUUUAGAGGUGUGGGUGAGAGAUGAACAGAAAAGAUGGUUUGUGGAGAGAGUGACUUGUGUGGUGUUGGGAGGGUUGUGUCUGGUAUCAGUGUAUCAGCCUGUGUGGGGAACGAAUGAUGAAGGUAUGGAGAGAUGGUACGAGUUGGAUGGUUUUGUAAUGCAGAAGAUUGAUAGGAGGUGGAUGGUAAAAAAGACGAAGACGGAUGGGGAAUAUGAGUGGUCGGACCACAAGCCAGUAGUUAUGACUGUGAGAGUGAAGGGGAGAAGAUGGAGAGUGCCAGGAGGGAAUACAAAGAGAGUGCCAAGAAUAAAGUGGGAGAUGUUCAAAGAACGGGAGAAGAGGGAAGAAGACAAAGUGGAAACAAAUGAAAGGAUGACUGAGGCAAAUGAGAGAAUAGAUGAAGGUAAUAAAUGGAAGGUGCUUGCGGAGGUGAUGACUGAGGCGGCGAAGGAAGAGAAGGCUGAGGCCAAGAAGAGAUGGCAGAUUGAUGGAGAGAGAGGUGGCUGGAGCGAGAGUGGAGGUGAAGCAGGCGAGGAGAGCUUUGCAAAGACGGUUGAGGCGGCUUGA